UGCGAGUGUUAAGUGUGUUUGUCGGAAGCGUGAAACGCGGCCGAACGAGAAAUCGAAGUCGGUGUGACUCGCGCUUUCCAAAGGACUCCUUGCCGUCGUGCCUCGCAGGCCCGACGUUACUUCUCCGACGGCUUCGCGCUCGUCCUCGCCGUAAACCAUCGUGCUGUGAAUCCACGGUCACAUUCGCCGCUCGUCACGUCGUCCUCGCCGGCUCGCUACGACCGCGCGCACGGGGCGUGAAAAUCAAUACGCUCACCCGCGGAGAGUGUGUAUGCUGCGCCGUGAAUAACGUUAACCUAAGCGGCGGCGUAACGUCGCCCUCGUCGUCCACGGCACGCCGCGAUCUUCAAAGUUCGACUUGUCCUCCCUGUUCCCUUCCCCUCCGCCCUGUUUCCCCCUGUUUCGCCGACUAGCCGGUUCGUCGCGUGCGAUGUUUCUUGCGCGGCCACGACGAGGACGAGGAGGACGAGGACGACGUCGACGUCGACGUCGAUGUCGAGAGCGAAGGCCGCUCUCUUCUCUCGUGCCCGAAAAUAAUUGCAAGCCUCGUUAUUUAUAGCGUAUGCGCGUCACUGCGGUCGCGCACAUUUCUCCUCGUGAGCGACGGAAAAAAACAUCGAGCGGAGAAGCGAGAACGAGAGAGAAUAAAAUAAAAAUAAAAAUAAAAAAAAAGUGGGAGACACAGUAUAGAGAUAGGGACGAGCACGAGAGCGAGCGAGCGAGCGAGAAAGCCGGAGAGAGUGCGAGGGAAAGAAAGAGAAAGAAGGAGGGAAUGAAAGAGCAAGCAAAAGCGCGCCGUGCAACGACCAUCGAAGAAUUAAAUAAAAACCCAGUAGAAGGGUUUUCUGCAGGCCUCAUAGACGACAAUGACAUAUAUCGGUGGGAAGUACUCAUUAUUGGACCUCCGGAUACAUUAUACGAAGGUGGUUUCUUCAAAGCACAUUUACAGUUUCCAAAAGAAUACCCACUUAGGCCACCAAGAAUGAAAUUUAUAACCGAAAUAUGGCAUCCAAAUAUCGACAAAAAUGGAGAUGUGUGUAUAUCUAUAUUACAUGAACCCGGUGAUGACAAAUGGGGAUAUGAGAAAGCUUCCGAGCGGUGGUUACCAGUUCACACAGUCGAAACUAUUCUGAUAAGUGUUAUUAGCAUGCUCGCAGAUCCUAAUGAUGAAAGCCCUGCUAAUGUGGAUGCCGCCAAAGAGUGGAGAGAAAGUUACACGGAAUUUAAGCGAAAGGUGGCGAGGUGCGUGAGAAAGAGCCAAGAGGAGUGUUUGUAGGGGAUGAACAAAUAUUCAAAUGGAAAGACUUAUUUAAUUCUGGGAAGCCGUAAGCACUGUAAGAAAGAUACCGACGCUCAGCAUAAAGCUAACGGAUAACAGUGCCACUAAAAACGGAAAAAGCCUGACCUAUCCUUAUGCAGAGAGAGAAAGAGAGAGAGCAAGACAGAGCGUGUGUACGAGAGAAAAACUCACACGCCGCUCUAUCAUGUUUAUUAAAUCGCCGCCACCAACGUACGAUCCGAAUCCAUCGAGAUGGAGAACAGAGAUACACACGCAAUUCACCUUUUACAUAAUAAACAGCUAAAAAAAAUUAAUUUACACGUAUACAUAAAAAUAUCAUCUCUGUAUGAUUAUUACCUUAAUAUUAAUAGUUCUUAUAAAAACUUAACUCUCCCCUGCCCCUCCUAUGCUCAAGAAUGAUCCUGAGCCCCUUUGGAAGAAACCUUGUAAUUUAAAAUAUGUUUACGUUUAUCUCAAUAAUAAUUCCUUAGUGUGUCGUUUCGUAUUUUCUUACUUUCAUAAAUAUAUAUAUGUAUAAAUAAAUUUUUUUAUAAAAUCGAAGACGGGACACAUGUAACAAUCUUGUAAAAUGUUUAUCGAGAAUGGACUACAUACGACAUGGUAUGACAUUGCGGUGAGAAUAAUUAAUGCCGUGCGUACACGCGGUAAAUGUAAAAUAUAUAUUAAAUUUUCAUCGAACCGUAAGUUGCCAAAAUAAUUAAUUCUAAUUC